AUGUUUGCCAAUAUCAAGGAACCAAUUUCAUAUACUCAGUCCUUUUCAUCUUCUCUGGAGAAGAAGAUGAAGGUUCUUGAGUGCAGGCGAAAUCUUGGUGAUGAUGUGCUGAAGUGUGUUGGGAGUGCUUACAAGGGUGACCCUUCAACUGUGAAACUGAAUAUUGCUAUUACCACAGGCUACCUCAUUUCUGAUUUGUUGCUUAUUAUUUACUACUGGAAGGCAAUUGGUGACAAAUUUUUUGUAAUACAUCACUUGGCAGCUCUGUAUGCUUACUAUUUUGUACUGAGCAAAGGUCUGUUGGCUUAUUUUGGAAACUUCCGUCUGCUUGCAGAGUUCUCCACUCCUUUUGUCAAUCAGCGGUGGUUUUUUGAAGUACUGGGAUAUCCCAAAUCUUCAAAGGCCAACAUCAUCAAUGGUGUGCUGAUGACAGUUGUGUUCUUCGUGGUGAGGAUUGCCGUCAUGCCUAUAUAUUACACCCAUGUAAUUUCUUCAUUUGGAACAGAGGCUUUCCAGAGAUUAGGAUUUGCAGCCCAGAGCGCCUGGAUUAUCUCAAGUGUUGUCUUGGAUGUUAUGAAUGUGAUGUGGAUGGUCAAAAUUGCAAAAGGAUGCUACAAAGUCAUUUGUCUUAUCGGACAGGAGGAAGCCAAAAUGCAUAGAAAUGGGAAAUCGGACUAGAAAUCGUAUGCAUAAAAUGAAAUUUCUGCUAUGAAAAUGAUUUUCUGUUCACUGAAACAGUGCACAUUUCUGCCAUGGAAUGCUCCUUUUAAGGAAACAAGGUAUUACC